AUUAAAUGCAGUAGACAAGAAUAAUACCACUUAUUCUACCUCAAAAUAUCCCCCUAGCAUAAAUGACUUGACCAUAUUUUGCUCUUCUACCUAAAAUCAUCUGCAACAAGGCUACCGUAGUCAAAAUAGACGAAUUAAAAGUUUAAAUCACAAUCCUGCAAUCAUGGCGAUGGAAAAACAGUUCAUGAUCAGUGACACGCAUAGUCGCACAAUAACAGCAGUUGGAUUCCAUCCUGUUAGAAGAGAAAUAGUUGCCGGGUUUGAAGAUGGUAUAAUGAAAUGGUGGGAACAAGAUACUGGAAAGUUGAUGCUAACAAGUUGUGAACAUAAAGGUUGGCUCACAGACUUUCAAUAUUGGGCAGAACACAAGACUCUGUUGUCAUGUGCCAACGAUGGACUUAUUAUUGCUUGGGGAAGUGGUGGGAAUGUACUUGACCGGAUUAAGCUCAAUUACCCGAUAUAUGUGAUGUGUCUCAACCUUAGACGGCAACAAAUCAUUUGUGGUUUAAAUGGAUCCGUUCAACUGUUUUCUCUCGAUCCACAAAAACAUUCUGGGCAUCUGAUUGACCAACGCAGGCCACAUAUAACAAGACACCACCAUGAUAUUGUGCCCUGUAUUAUCUGCCAUGAAUCAAGAGUCUACACAGCAGGAUAUGAUGGAAAGUUUCACAUAUACGACACCACGCUCUACCCUGGGAGGAAAGGGUUAAAUUUAAUUCACACGACAAGUCGAGCUCAUGAAGCUGGUAUCAACUCGAUGAUUCUUGUUAAGGAUAAUGAAAACAAUACUUGGUUGAUCACUGGUUCAUUUGAUCGUAGCGUUAAGGUUUGGUCACAAGACGGUCAAUUACGACAUCGACUUGAAACUGUGUUCUUGAACACAAUAUCCAGCUUAUGUUAUAUUCCACGAGCUAAAGUUGUGUGGAUUGCAUCUUCUACAACGCAUGCAACACUCUAUGACCCUAAGGCUGGGGAAAAUGUGACUGAGUUCCUACCAACCUUUCAAUCAAACCCAGAUGAGGAAAUCACUUCAAAGUUGUUGAAGCUUCGGUACAAUCCAGAUUCUGCGCAGAUUGUUGGAACCACAAAUCGUCGGCACAUCAUCGUGUGGAAAUUUAACAGCUUCGGUUGCGUCACUGCGCUGAAAAGCAAGUAUACUGUCGAAAGCUUGGCUUAUACGCGAAAAGUCCCGAUGUUGUUGUUUAGCGGUGGUAGCGGAGGUAACGUGUACAAGUGGGAAAGAUUGCAAUCCAGUCAUUUCAUGUAUAGUAUGGAACUGCUGACGAGGAAAGAAUGCAAUGAUAAACUAGAAGCUGUGUUGAACGAGCUCGGUCGAGGUAAGAAGCAGUCGCCGGUUCGUAGCCCAAGAUACAGCAGAGAUAAUGUGACGACGCAUUACGCAUUCAACAAAGCGUUGGUCGCGCCUUCCUCGCUUUAUAAAACAUCAAAGUCCUCUCUCCUCCGUUGUCUCUACGUUGAACAUCUUGAUCUUCUUGUUCUUGCAUCCGAGGAUGGAAACAUCUACAUCUGGGGAUUCGAUUAUGCGGCCGUGAGCGCCCUCACGCGGAUGACUCCGGACAAAGAAGAGGAGCCGAUGAGCAAAGACCGCAAGUUCAGUAUUCUGUUCGAUGCUGUCCCAGCCAACCUUACCACCCCAUACACACCAGACACCAAUAACCGAGCUAUGGGUUCCACACCUAACGACAACCACAAACCAACUUCCCCCUAUGAAGAACCGGCCAUGCCUUCUAACAUGGAAAGCAGAAGCUUGGGUGACACUCCUGUCACUCCCACAGCUGACGCGGUAACCCAGGACUCUGUGACGAACCGUGUGGCUGGAUUCAUUUGCAAGAACGUGUUGCUCGGCCAUACAAGUUGUGUGACUGCCCUUGCGCUCGUACAUAACGAGGAACUAUAUGCGUCCACUUAUCUGGUUUCAGGCGGUUGGGACCGGCGUAUACUGAUCUGGUGUUUGGAAACCGGUAAACUUCACGAUCGACUCCGUAACGCUGAUUCUUCACAAGAUGAAGACUCGGAUGGCUCAAUGGACGAGUUAGCUUGUGAUGGUGUGAUACUGGAUAUGGAGUAUUGUCAGAAAAGGAAUGAGAUAGCAUAUACCAGUAGUGAUGGAAUGGUUUAUAUAAGAGCGUUCAGUCCAGUUGGUAGCGAGAUGGUUCUAAGAAACACCUUGCAGGGUCAUGAGCUUGAAAUCACGGCCGUGAGAUGGAAUCAUGUAUAUGAUAAGUGGAUCACGGGGUCGGAGGAUGGGACCGUGAAAAUAUGGUCCGAAGAUGGAAUGACGUGCGAACGUACAUUAUCCACCCAAGGCCCUGUAAGCACUUUGUGUAUUGAUAAAGUGAAUGGAUGUAUCGUUACAGCUGUCGAGAAUAUCAUUAAGGUCUAUGAUAUGGAAUCACUUAACUUGGUACAAACUAACAUCGGCCACACAGACAAUAUCCGCACACUAACACACGUGGUGGAACGAUCACAGUACAUUUCCGGAUCUUGGGAUAAAACGAUUCGGAUUUGGAAUUCUUAUCGUCGUCCAACACGCCGUAGACGUCAUAAUAAUAAAAUGGAUGAUGACGUAAUAGCAUCUCGUUAGUUCCUUGCUCGUAUCCAUUCUAUUAAACGUAGAUUUUCACUCCAACACUGUGUAAAUAUUUUUACCCGUCCCUUUUUAGUGUUUAAUGUUAGUUGCUUUUAUGCACACUGUUUUUGCUAUCUAUACAAUUCUUUACCUUUUCUUUAUGAUUCCUCUAUACACACUGUUAGCUGUUUAGUGAAAAUACAAAGUGUUUUAUUUGAACAAAA